AUGGAUCUUGCUACGGAGGAUAUAUCCGUGUUCAACAACUUCAACAUUAACAAACCACAAGACGGAUUCUUCAAACAUUUACAUAUUUCAACUUCAGAUCUUGAAUUGUCGGAAUCACUGGAAGAGACGAGGAAAGAUGAAAAUUGGAUUGAAGAUGAAGAUUCACUUAAUUCAUCAUUGUUCGACAUAACGGGGAUAGGGAAAAGUUUUUACAUAUGCAACGAUCUAGCAACAAACAAUUUCAACUCGUUUUUAUCGUCUUGGACCGUUUCGGCUAUAGAGAGCUCUGAGUCUCGUAUAAAUCCAUCUAACGAUUCGGUAAAUACUUCAAUUUGGUCAUCAACGGAACGAACAUCCACAACCACUUCUAAUUCGAGCAACAAUUUUGAAAUUUUCCGUACUUUAACAAGCACGGAGAGCUUGGAUUUUUCCUUGCUGGACAGAAGAGACUCAGUUUCCGAGAUCAGAUCAUUUUUUAAUCUCUCUGCUUUUGUAACUGAGAAGAACCGAUCUGAUGUAGAGGAGCCAGCUGUUUACCGUCCGUGCAUGGAGGCGAGUGAAAACAGUAAAAAUCCGAUGUGUGACAUUAGUAACUUCGUUCAGAUUGAAAAACAUUCUAUUUACAACAACUCUCAACAUAUUACGAAAUCAAACUGGAACAAUUCUAAAUGUUUAACGCUCUAUAUAUCAACUCACACCGCACAUGAGGAACUGUCCAGGGGCGGAUUUAGACAACUUUGA